UGUGGACGGAGGAGGUAUUGGGAUAAUAGGGAGCAAGGCUUGAGGUGUGGGGGCGGUCUGGGUAUGGGUGGAAGUGAUAGUGGAUGAAGUCAUGAGGGGUUUUGACUCGGAGGGAAUUGAUGACUGCGUGACGGCGGGGAUUGUCGUCUUGGUGACCAAGGUGGAGGUAGUGGUGGAUGAAGGUGGAGGUGUGGAUGAUGUGCUAGCGGAGAGGGCGGUGGACGUGGGGGACGACGUGAUUAGUGUAGAUGUGGAGGAGGAUGGGGGAAGGGUGGUGGUACCCGAGGUUGGGGGGGGGAAUGUGGUGGUGACGACCUGGAUGGCGGGGGUGAUGUCGUCGACGUCCACGUGGCCAUCCAUGGUUGGGGGCAGCAUAGAUCUCCGUGAUGGGAACUGUGCUGUCUCAGCGAAAGGUGCAAGCUUGGAGGCGUGGAAAACAGGGGGUGGGCUGAAUGUCACGAUGGGUAUGGCUUCAGUUUUGAACACCGCGUCACAGUUGGCCGAGAUCACCGAUUUGAUUCCAUUUCCCUCUGUUGCGGUUCCCACCGCCGCCGCUUCCACCAUUGUGGUCUCCACUGCUGCAGUUUCUACUGCUGCUGUUUCAACUCCGGGUUUCACUCCAGCAGUUUCUGCUACGGAAGUUGCCUCCGCUGCUCGUCCUGUCACUGCUUGUUCAUCUGCUGCUAAUAAAGUUCCCACUGUUGCGGUUCCCACCGCCGCCGCUUCCACCGCUGUGGUCUCCACUGCUGCUGCCGCUGUGGUCUCCACUAUUGCAGUUUCUACUGCUGCUGAUUCAACUCCGGGUUUCACUCCAGCAGUUUUUGCUACGGAAGUUGCCUCCGCUGCGGUCCUUGCUACGGAAGUUGCCUCUGCUGCGGUUCCUACUACAACACUUGUCUCUGCUGCGGUUCCACUUUUUACCACUUCCUCUGCUUUUGUACCUCGAAUUUCUCAUGCUAUAGUUUUUACUGGUUGUCAAAACGUGACCAACAAGGGCUUGAGGGCUAUAGCCAUGAAGUGUACGGAUCUUCGGAGGCUUUCUCUGAAGACUAUGAAGAACAUUGAUGAUGGUGCCCUCCAGGCUAUUGCUGCAGGAUGCCUAAACCUGGAGAGGCUGGAGCUAAAGGACUGCAAGGGUAUUACUGAUGUGGGGAUUAUUGCUAUCAGCAAAACAUGUCGAGGACUAUGGAGCUUGCAGGAGCUGGAUAUGGGUCAUGGCGCCGUAGACUUUUUCGGGGGUCUUGUGGUCGGGUCAUCGAGAGAGGGCAUUAGCAAUGCGAUUGCUUUUGUUGGGGGUAUGACAAACGGUGAAUGUGAACUGGGCAAGGAAGUCGAGCCAUCGAGUUUGGGGUGGGGUGAUGUCUUUCUUGGUGAGGAUGGAAGAAACGAUGGUGUUGUCAGUGCGGACGGUGAAGUAUUGUCCGUUGAGGUACGGGCAGCAGACUGUGAGGGCGUGAAUCAGGACGAGGAGUUCCUUCUCGUUGGAGGGGUAAUUCAUCUCCGCGGGAAGGAGCUUCUUGCUUGCGAAGGCGAUGGGGUAUUCGUCGGGUGGAGCCUCGGGGACGGCUCCAAUGGCGAAGCCGGAGGCAUCAGUGGUGACAUAGAAAUGGCGAGUGGGGUCGGCGAUCUUGAGGACAGGGGCCGUGGUGAUGAUUUGCUUGAGGAAGUCAAAAGCGUGUUGGCGGUGAUCGUUCCAAUUGAAGGGCUCGUCCUUGCGUUUGAGUUCGUGGAGAGGGAUCGAGAGGACUUGGCGAAUGUGCUGAAGGUCGGGCUAAAGAUGAGGAUGUCAUCAAGGUACACGACGACACAGACUUCGAGGAGGUCACGGAAGAUGUGGUUCAUGGUGGACUGGAAUGUGGCGGGGGCAUUGCGAAAACAUCCGUUGUGUUCAUGGAGGUAUAUGCGUUCUUCGGGUGUGAGUUUCUGGAGACGACGGGGUGGAGAGGAAAAAGGCGGUUGGGAGGCAACGAGCCUGGCGUUCCAUCCGCAUAAGGUGGGCGGCCUGGAGGUCCUCAAGGGUGAAUUGGGAGGGGUCGAGAGAGGCAGUGUCGAAGUCGUCAUCGGAGGUGGAUGGGGUGGUGUCGUUGGGGGUGAUGUUAUGGAAAAAGCGCGGGCGGAAGGGAGCGGGCGUGGAUUGGUGAUGGGGGUGGAGUCGUCGAUCGUGGUGAAGCAUUCGAGAGAGGAGGUCGGCAAGGGGCAUGUCGGGUUCGUGGGCGAGGGCGGUUGCAAGAUCUUUGUGGCAUACUCGCUUGAUGCGGGAGAUGAACGCAAAGUUGGGAAUGACGAUGGUGGGGAGGUGAUGGCGGAGGGAGCGGAUGUAUUCGACGAAGCGGUCCGUGGGACCGCUCUGGCGGAGGUGACAAAAUUGUUCGAGGUAGUCAUCGAUGGUUUUCUGGGGGCGGAAGGUGACAGUGAGAAGGUUGGCCCAUUGGAGGAAGGAGUGAUGCGGUCCUCCGGAGGCGCGGCGGUUGCUGACUUCGGACAUGCACUAUUUGGCGGCAUUGCCAAGGAGGUGAGAGGUGGCAAUGGGAAGCCAAUGGACAAGGGGCAUGUGGUGGAGCUUGAAAGAGUUAUGGAGCUGGGUAAGGAAGAGGAAAACGUCCUCGUGGGGAAGGCCAGAGAAGGGCAUGAUGUCGGUGGAUGGAAAGGAACGGGGGAUUUCCCCUUCACGAGAAACGAUCCGGGCGAGGGUGUUGAAGUUGAGGUUAUCGGGGGUAGUGUCGUAGCAGGUGUAAUCGAAUUGGCUGUUGUUGUCAAGGAGGUAGUUGGGGGGAAGUUGUGGCAUUGUCGGGUAAGCCUCGGUGGUGACUUGGGAAUAGGUGGGACGGGGGGUGGGGAUGGUGGAGGUCGUCAUGAUGGGUUGGUGUUGAUAGCGGUCAUAUCGAUGUUGGAGGAUUGGGCCAUGUCGGGGGAAGAUGGAGUGGAUGAGGUGGCUGAGGCGAAGGCUGCGCAUGAGGUGGAGGCAGACGCGGCGGCAGCGGCGACGGCUGCACGCUGGAGGGUGGAUAGUCUCAGCAGCGAUCAAGUGACCGAUGCAUCUUUCAUUUCCGUCGCGGCAAAUUGCAGGAAACUAGAGGUGCUGAAAGUGAAGGUGUGCAAGGGGCUGACAAAUGAAGGCCUCUCCGUGGUCGGUUCGUGCUGCAGGCGUCUGAGAAUGCUUGUACUUACUUGCUGUGAUGAAAUAUCGAAUGUGGGGAUAAUGGCCGUCGGGAAAGGAUGCCCUCGGUUAUCUGUGCUGGUUCUUGUCCGACUUGGCGGCAAGAUAGAUGACGGGUUGUUAGCCAUUGGAGCGGGGUGUCCUCGUCUUCAGGUUCUGGAUGUCAGUUACUGUAGCAUUUCUGACGUGGCGAUCCAACAGAUCGUCUGUGGUUGCCUCCUGUUGGAGGCAAUUACACUUGAGAGUUGUGCGGGCAUGAGCGCAUUUGGACUGGUGGCCAUUUUGCGGGCUUGCAGAGGGCUUCGCCAACUGCGGAUCAGCCCGCCGGAAAACCGGAAAGGCCUGGGGCCUUGCAUUGAAGGUCACCGGUUUGUUGGUUAUGCGGCCCUCUCAUGGCCUAGUUUUGUUCUGCAUAAUCCAUCGAUGCGGGAUAUUGCCGACGACUGCGGAUUAGCAGAGAGAGCGUGGAGUGGCAUUUUUGAUUUGGGAGGAAUGACAGACUGGGAGAAAAUGGGAGAGAGGGAGGGUAUGGGUGAAGGCGGCGGUGAGCAGGACGUUGGGCUGGAAUGGAUGGAUCUGGAGGAGCCCUCGGGUGCGCUCGCCGUACACCAGAAAGCCACUGACAGAAUCCCAGCACUUGCCCAGGACCAAGCAGACAGAGCAGGACAUAAGAACGAUCCCACUCUUCUUGCUGUGUCUUCCCGGCAACCAAACGCCGAGCUUCCGGAAGCAGGCGUGGAUGCCACCGACAGCAUUGUAGACACUGCUGGAGUUGAUGAGAUGGAACAAGAGGAAGGGUUGGCAGUUGGGCGGACGUUGGAUGAGAAUGGGGACGUCCCGGUCCAGAAGGAGAAGGGAAGACUGACAGUUUGGACAGAUGAUGAACGAGAAGACAACGACCGGGACAGAGAGAGCGCUAUGCGAAGAUCUCGUGCGGAAAUUUUUUCAACUGAAGACACUUCAAGGCCGCAUCGUGGUCGACUGCAGGAGAACACGCAACAGUAGUCUGGGAGAUAGAUGACGACCGGGAGAUAGUUUGGACAGACGAUCAACGAGAAGA